ACGGUUUUAUUUUGACGUAACCUUCCGUUAUUUUGUAACAUCCGCGCCUUAAUGGAAAAAUCUUCUGCAACGGGCCACGGAAAAAUACUCGCUUUACUAACUUGUACUAUGAAGAAAGGGCAUAAUAUUUCCGUAAUGUACAACAGCAUAUAUAUUCUAGAAGUACAUGAUCAUAUCUCAGCCGUAAUGCGUGGCCAUUCCGUUGUUUCUACUUUCUUAUUUACGCAAAUUCAUUCCUAAUUCGAAACAAGAGAAAAUAUCGAAAAUUUGAAAAGGAAAGCCAAAAAAACCCUAAUCUUGAUUCAGUUUCGUUUUUCAGCCUUGCAUUAGUUAUCUAUAUAUCUCUCUACCCAAUCUGUCACUCUAUCGCUGUGUGUAUCUUGCAAAUAAUUUAAUCCAAACAUCCAUUUCUUAAUUUUAAUUGAACCGACAGAGAACAUUUUUCUCUCGAUCCAUCCGUUCCAGGAACUAGCAGUUAAGUUGAGGAUAUGUCUCCAGCAUCCAGAUCCAAGUCCAAAGACAAAAAGGCUGGGAAGGAAUCCCCCAGGGAUUCUUCAAAGUCAGGUCAUGCUAUUGCACCCGGUGGGGUCGUGGCUAAUGGAUACAAUCCUGUUUUAGGAACAUUCCAUACAUUUGAGACGGCACCAGUGUCUUUUGCAGGUCAGCUUCCUUUGAAUGGUCGUUUCCAGAACAUAGAUGAAACGGACGAUCAUAGUGGGAACACAUUUGGAACUGGCGUGGAAUAUGAUUCUGUUUCCAAUACUGGUAGCUGCUCUGGUGAGUCAGAGGACCUAAAAGAGAAAAUGUUGCACACCCCUCAGCAUCAGGAAUCAGUACCUGGAGCUGACAAUGACAAAAGAGACAAAAUACGCCAGAAAAAUGAGAGGAAACAUCAAAGACAAAAGGAGAGGCGAGCUCAAGAGUUGCAUGAACGGUGCAGUGGUUAUCUCAUGUCAAGGAAGCUAGAAAAACUUGCACAACAACUUGUGGCCAUGGGCUUCUCUCAAGAAAGGGCAACCAUGGCUCUUAUUCUGAAUGAAGGCAAAGUAGAGGAGUCAGUAGCUUGGCUGUUUGAAGUAGGCGAAGAAGACAAGCACAGGGGAAAAAAUCUUGAUGGAGGGGGUAAUUUGAAAAUUGAUAUAUCAGAAGAGCUUGCCUGCAUUACAGAUAUGGAAAUACAGUAUAAAGCCUCCAAGCAGGAGGUUGAAAGAGUUGUUGUUGCCUGUGAGGGUGAUCUUGUAAAGGCAGAAGAAACCUUGAAGGCACAGAAGCAGGAGCUCCCUGCUGGUCCUUCAAAGCCGGAAGAAACUGGUGAUUGUCCUUCUAUUGGCAAUGGCUAUCUACCAAUAGCUAUUAGUCAGAAUGCAAUGAGGGCACUAGAAAAUCCGGCUUCAUCUACUACCAUACAACAGAAAAGGGAUGAAAAAGAUUUUUAUUAUACCAAAGUUCCUGGGACGGUAGGAUCUUCUGUAGAAUCUGGAACCAAAAAUGUACAGUCGUUAAAGAAAAUGCAACCGAAAGUCGAGUUAACAAAACCACAGCACAGUUCAGAGUCGGCGGAGAAAAGGUGGCUGAGUGCAGGAUCAAAUCCUUCUAUGCCCUACUCGUUAACAUCACCUUUGCUGGCUUCACCUCCAUCAACAGAAGCACAUUAUGUUGCUGGUAACGAAAUUAAGAACCUGCAGCUUGGAUCAGUUAGAGAACCUGUUAUAGUGAUGCAGCGACCUCAAUCCUUGAAUGCAAAGCACAUACAUACUCCAAGUGUUAGCUCAUCUCCGCCUGGGACAGCUGUGGGUUGGUAUCCAACUAGUGCUGGCUUGGUCCCACCUGUUACUGUCACAAGGAGUGUGAGCCCCAAUGGAGUUAGUUCAACUCGGCUGUAUAACCAACUGCAUUACCAACCUCAGGAGCAAUUUGUGUCCAGCAGGAGCGCAAUGGAUUCCCGAGGAAUAUCCCGGGGGAACAGUUUGUGGAAUAAGGCAGGUACAUCACCAAUUCUAUCUGCUGCUACUUCCCUUGGACUCUUUUCUGGUCUGGGCACUAACGGUGCUUCUGGAUCGUCAUCUCCAGUAGACUGGAAUACAGGCAGCUCAAUGUUACAGUUAGAUUUCGCCAGCAUAGACUGGAGUUUGGAUAUUGGGUCUAGGUUGAAGCCCGGAGGGCUGUGGUCUGGUACAAACCCUUUCAUGCAAAACAACACUAGUGCAUCUGGUUCUUUCGCCUACGGUCUAGGAAUGUCUACCAAGAGACCUGUUUUAUCCAAUGGGAAUGGCAUUUCGAUUUCAGGGUUGCAGGAUCGGGUAGCCACAUCUGAAACGACUGCUAGUGUUUCUCGGGAUUGGACUUCUCCCUUCGAAGAGAGAGACCUGUUCAGUGUACCUAGACAGUUCAUUUCCUCCCCUUCCCUCUAGUAUGAAUGGAGAGGAGAGUGAGAAUAAAAAAUAGUAGAGUGAAAUAGAACUAAAAAUUUGCUGAAUUGUUGUUUGUGCUGGUUCGUGUGAUGCUUUGCCCAUGUUUCGCUUUAUGAACGGUCUAUCUUAAUGGAACAAGCAUCUGAGUUUCUUUGGUUUAUUCUUAGAUCAUCUUUCUUA